GACAUGCGCGGCACGCAGCCCGCCGCCAGCAGCAGCUGCCUGGGCGGAAAAGGCGGGAGCCGCUUCCGCGUCCGCGCAACACGCAGAAACACUAAACACAAGGGGCAAGAUGGACGAUAAGUUAAUACUGGCUGUAUUUAACUACUCAGAGCUUUACAAUGUCACUCAGCCGAAUUAUCGUUGUACGGAAAUUCGGGCGAGCGCUUGGAGAAGCAUCAGUCUCGCGCUGGGACUCCCAUCCGAGGUGUGCAAAAGAAGAUGGAAAAACCUACGAGACCGAUAUCUGAAAGAAGUGCGGAUGGAGAUUAAAAGCAAGAAGCAGGGAGAGUUUGUACAUAGCAAGUGGAAAUACCGUCAGCUUAUGAACUUUAUCGCCCCCUUCACUGGAUCAAGGUUUGGCGUGACAGACGUUUCCAGCAACGCUGACGAGGACCAUGAAAAUCCCAACAACGUAACUGGGAGUGCAGAAGAGGAAACCACUUUGUCGGACUCCGUCAAGACGCCUCUGAACGCCUCAAAGGUCCAAGUGAGUCAGUCUGAGCAAAAGGCCCAUCUGGCCUUUGUAACGCAGCUUCCUGCUCUGUCCCAGGACACGCAGGUGGCUCAGCUGGCUGCUGUGGCCAGGACGCCACCAGGCCCUCAGGUAAUCCCCACCAGCAGUACCGGACAGAAACGCAAGAUUGUGUCAGAGCCAUCAUCCCCGUCCUACCCUCAAAGCGCACACUCGCCCACUAAAUGGCUGCUCAAAGACAACGGCGGCUCGUUUGCCUCCAGGCCUCGAGACGAAGAUGAACUCUUCUUGCUGAGCUUCGUCCCCGCCCUGAAGCGACUCGCCCCACAAAAGAGAUGCGAGACAAAGAUGAAGAUCCAGCAGAUUAUGUAUGAGGCCGAAUUUAACAUUUCGCAGACAGAAUUUCAAGAUAAAAGGACAGCUCAAGGAAUAAAAGACUAAUGUUGAACAUUUUCCCCACACAAAACGACGAUGGUUGAGGUGGAACUACUUUUCAUGUGUUUUGACUUGUGGCAGAUCUUUGCAGGAGAAAAAAAAGCAAUAAAUGUA